GAAUUUCCCAACACUAAAAUUAGAAUUCAAGGUUACAAGGCAAGUAACUGAGUUUAUCAAUACUAUAGUAACGCUUGUCUGCUGGAGUGUAGUUUUUUGUUGGACAAUAAGUUCAGGAAAGAUUUCUUCUACCCAACAACUUUUGCAGUUGUAAUGGGAUCCGAUCAUGACAGCAUCUACGAUGAAAGAACUGUCAACACUGGUUAGUGGGUACAUGGACACAUGUGGCUUCGACCACCAAAGAAUACAAGAAAGAAUUCACUUCUUUAACAAAUGCUCCAGAGCUAAAGAUAUCUCAACUAAAUGUAUCACUAAAGAUGAGGCCAUUGAGAAAGUGUUUGUAGGCAGCAUACGUGAGGGUAUUGGAAUGGACUAUUCAAAUGAUAUGGACAUUCUACAGAUCAAUCAUGCUGUCAUUUGCUGUCAUGGUAACACAACUACACAAAAUGACAAAUUGAGAUUCAAAAUGGAGCAAAAAAGAGCACCUGCAGGUUACACUUUGCUGAAAAUGACUAGUACAGAUACUGAUUCUGCAGCUUUUGAAAGACUCAAGUAUGCUGCUGUAGAGACAAAACGAGGAAAGUAUCUUUCAAGUAAACUCUACAUGACCAAACACGAUGAUGUUUUCCAAGUUGGAGAUGGUCUCUUAAGCAAGACAACACAAUACAGAAGCCGAAAUGGUCCAUCUAUUCCCAAAUAUUUACUGCAAAAUUGGAUUGAGAAGUACGGACUGUCCCUACUGAACUUAACAUACCAGGAAAUGGAUUUUGUCAGAGCUUUCCCUUGUCAAGCAGAUGGAAUUCUGAAUGCAUGGAAGAAUAGGAACAGAAAGUCUGGUUGGCCUAGUCAGGAAAUUACAGACAAAAUAAUGUCAAUGCCAUUGCAUGUUGUUCCAGUAGGCAAAGAGGGGAGCAUAGACGAAGAUCUACAGUGGAGAAUAUCUUUCACUAUGGCAGAAACACACUUAAUCCAGGCGUUUAAUAACACUCAAACAAAGGUACUUGUCCUGAUGAAGUUGAUAGCAAAACACAUUUUGCAACCACUGUGCAGCCAAAUCACUUCGUAUAUAGUCAAGACAGUUAUGUUAUGGCAAGCUGAAAGUAUUCCUCGGGAGGAAUAUAGUGAGGAGAAUCUACUCUUUAGACUGAUGGAUGCACUUGCCUCUCUACAAACAGCUGUAGAAAAUAAGAAACUUUCCAGUUACAUGAUACCACAAAAAAACCUGCUAGAAAACACGAUCUCCAGAAAGGAACAACAGUCAGUUGUAAGUAAACUAACAUUUCUCAAAGACCAUGGAGUCACCAAAGUACAUGCGUUUUUUGAUGAGUCACUAUGCAAUAUAGAAAGCAUAAAAGAGAUAGCUGAAUCAUUUCAAACAUCUAACUUGAUUAACAAAUUGCACACCUGUGCUUUUUUUCGAUUUACAACAGAAGACCUUGCAAUCUAUUUCACCAGAAUGUAUACAUUAAAAUCAAGGUGGCAAAUUUUUCUUUACAAUGUCACUUCUUUUUGGAUACCUUACUUCUUACGUAAUGGCAGACAAGGGUUUGAUCCUGUAAGUAUUGAUCUCCCAUAUUAUCCUAUCACAGAAAGUGAACAAGACAAGAAUGUACAAGAAUCUAUACCACUUCAAGUUGCAGAGCAAUUUGACUUGCAACAAAGCCCUGGUAUGACAAGCAAAUUAGGCUAUCUCAUUAUGAGAAUUUUACUAAUUUUAAGCAUUUUCAUCCCACUCCUGCUGCCAUUUGUGUCAUGCAGAUUUUUCUCCAAGUUCUGCCUUCCAUUAUUUCCCUUUGAUUUGAUGAUGGGCAGUGAAUCAGAUCCAGAACAAAUCAUUUCUGAUACUGCCUACAUUUAGUUAUCACUAUAUGUCUGAUAUACUGUAAAAUCAUUAUUUAUCAUGGAGCACUAUUUUUCGUGGUUGAUGUGGAUAGGCCAAUCUACAAAUUUUAAGAUCCAACAAAAUUUGAUUUCUUCUGCUACGAUUAUUUUUAAUUAUGUUAUUUGCACUUCACUUUCAGCAAAAUUAAAUAAUUCACAAAAUUCAGAACCCAGAAAAUUCCCUAAUUGAUUAAACCACAACAACUUCAUGCCUGCAAAAUUAAGUGAAUUCACAGUUACUGAACAAAAUGUAUUAUAUCAGUCUACAGUCAUACAGUGAUUUCUCUGUUACUAUCACUUUGUACUUUGGCAUAUCUAAAGAAGUAAAGAAAUGCAACUUGCUCAUUCUUUUUCUUUAAAGCUAUUGAUAACAUCUAGCACUCGCUUUGAAACUAAGCCUACAAAGCUACGUUACUAUGAGCAUAUGUUUUAUUAUUCACAAGGCUGGGUAUUAAGUACCUGCCACCAUACAUUCUGACCGAAUUUUAGAGUAUAGAUCUUUAUUUGUUUAUGUAAUUAACAGUUUUGUAAAAGGAAAGGAAUUAAUUACAAAAAUGUUUUAUGUAGUAUGUAAACAUUACUUUUCCUACAUGUAUGUCACAAAAAAAAAACAAUGUCUAUGAAAACCUUCAAGGAUUUAAUUUCACAGCAAACAAUACAGUUUCUGAAAUAUAUAAUUCAUCAUUUGUAUCUGUAAAACCUGUCUAAAAUGUCUCACAGAAUAAAAUUUAUAUGCACAA